AUGGUUUUCUCGCAAGUCCUUGCCGCUGUCCAUGCUGUCAUCGACGUUGUCGGCUUUCCUGGAAAUUUACUGGUCAUAGCCACGAUUUUUAUGGAGAGCAGAUUUCAUGUCAUGCGGUAUAUUCUACUUGCCAGCCUAGCAGGAUCAGAUAUUCUCUUUUUGAUCCUGGGCAACUCGCCGAGCAUCGCAAGCACUGCCCACGAACGAUGGUUGUAUGGCGAAACAAUUUGUAAACUGCAUUACCUUGUUUUAAGAUAUUUCUACUUGAACACGGUUCUUCAUCUCAUAGCUGUGUCAUAUGAACGGUAUAGCGCCAUUGUAAAAUCACCUUUGACGUAUAACAGUUCCAUUACUAGAUCAAAAGUCGUGGUAAUGGUACUGAUAUGGACUGUCCCUUUUCUUGUAUGCGCCAUCACUUUUUUCAGACGAUCAGAAUCCGUCUUUUAUCAUCCAAAACUGCUCUUUUGCAUGGGAACUACAGAUGCCCCCGCUUUUCAUGCUCCCGCUGCGGCAUUUAUCGUGAUCGCUGUGCCUAUUUUAAUCAUCUUUUUCCUGAACUGGAGAGUUUUAAAAACAGUUAACGCCAUCCAGUCUAACGAUCAACCUGUCAUAUUUUUGGAAAGCACAGCCGCAAACUCUAAUAAUGGUCCAAGCCAGCAUCAACAACACGACGCGAGAAGAAUCAAAGAUCGGAAGGCAGCUGUCGAUGUCUGCAUCAUAAUAGCAGCGUUUGUGAUUUGCUAUCUUCCUGAGUGGACUGAUUUCGUUCUUCGUAAUUAUUUUGAGGUAGAAUUUCCACCCGAAGUUACGCAAACCACUCGAUGUAUUUACUACAUUAGCUCUGUCACCAAUCCGAUCAUUUAUUCAGUUCGCAAGAGGGAAUUUCGUGGUGCAGUUAAAAGAACACUUAGGCGAAUUGGCGGACUGUGUGCCAUUUCAUUUGCUUCUGGUACAGACAACAUAAUUGGUGUGCACGAUUUACGGCUAACCCCCACAAGAAUCCCUUGUAUUGCGGAAUCAAAAGCUGCACAAGUUGCUCAAAACAAGAACUCUCUUGACUCUCGGACUUUAAAUGUUCCCAGAGGAAUUGAAAUGAAUCUCCAGAGAUGCCAUCCUCCAACGGAAGAAAUCGUUGAAUGA